AGUAGCACGGCAACGUUAGUAAGUGACUGCUAUACUGACGGCUUCCGACUUGUCAACCAACAAGUAAAUAUGGCUAUGCUAUGUCGUGGUCUUCACAUACCUUCCCCAAUUCAGGCUUUAACAGAAACUACGCCCCUGCCUUGGUUAAUUUCAUUCCGAAGCAAGUUCACCAAAGCACGGAUCCCACAAGAGAUUCUGGAUGAGCGGUCUCAAGAGCAUGAGAAGUAUGGUGGAAACCAGGAGCAGCCCCAUAAGCUGCACGUGGUGACGCGGGUCAAGAGCACCAUGCGCCGGCCCUACUGGGAGAAGAAGCUAGUGGAAGGACUCUGCUUGCAGAAGGCGUAUGUACCUGUAAUUCACAAGAACAUCCCUUCAGUCAACAACCAGCUGAAAUUCAUCAAGCAUCUUGUGAGGAUCCAGCCACUGAAGCUUCCCCAUGGUCUCCCUGCUGAGGAAGACAUGGCCGACACCUACCUGAACAGCAAAGGAGAGCUGAUCGUACGACGCCUCCUCAAACCUGUAGAGUCCAAAGCCAUCGAGUCAUAGCCAGCACUACUCUAUACCCAAGCCAUUUUGUCAUUGGUUCUGUUUGAAUACUGAAAAUGCAUUCUCCCUUCCUCAAAGUAAUCACUGACAUGACUGGAUUGGCUGUGCAGUGGAUCCCAUGCUUUCACCUAUCCAAUCUGUAUAGAACACAAAUGAAUGGUUUUACAGUCUGGCCUACCAGAAAUCAGCUCUGAUUCAAAUUACUAUAUUAGUGAAAUCCCUGUACCUGUGUUCAUUCUAGACCUGGACUGAGAAACACUUCUUUAGCUCACCCCUUUGUAUUAUAUUUCAAAUAAAAACAUAACAUUAACAUGUUAA